GCGGGAUCCGUUGUCCUGGAGUGACCACAGAAUCGAGUGGCUCCACAAAUCUCUAGUCUCAUGAACCAGCACACCAAGUGUGCCCUGAAAACUGCCAACUGUCAGCCAUCAAACAAUCACAAUUCAGUCCCUGUCCAUUAGUUGUCGGAACAACAUCAUACACCUUACACUUCCAGCGGGUUGUGGCAUCCAAAUCGUAACCAUGUGCGGCGGCUGGGCUUGUGCCUCCUACGAUCUAGCCUGCAACAAUCCACCCCUAUCCACACUGCGUUUCACUGGCCGAGACUUCAUACCCACACCCUGCGGACCUUGCGACAAGUGUUAUGUCCUUGAUACCAGCCGCAAGAAGAACACUAAUAACUGCUAUGUACCACACAUCCUGUCCCCACUGGAUGCCCAGCUAUGCACUUUGGAUAGCAGUCAGAAGAAGGAAAAUAACUAAGGAUAAAGACAAAUUGAAUAAUUGUAGAUAGGAAAGGGACCAAAUUAUGAAGUGCUGCUUUUUUUGUACUACACAUGGACUAAAUUAAAAAUCCUCUAGCUAAUAAA